CUAUCGUGCGUAUCAGAAUGAAAUCGUUGAAGAAGAAUCCGCAUCAGGAUGUCGUGAUAAGAGGAAAAAGCUGGAUGCAACGGAAUCACGCACCGAUAAUAACGGCAAAAAAUGUGAUGGCCAAAGUGACAAGUCGGAAAAUUCUUUCCUGCUGCACCUGGACGAUGAACCCGGAACUAUAACUGCUGAUGGAUCAAUGUUUGAAUCUUCCGAGAAUCCGUA